AUGUUUCUCAUAUUUUGCGGCCAAGAACGCGACUCUUACAGCCAGUUUAUUGAUUGUCAGACUUUCAACUCGUUUCUAACAAUAAAGUCUACUUUAAUUGCAACUGUUGAAACUGACAGAAACCCUCAUGAUUACGAUGAGGAAUUAAAAUUAAGGUGUGUGUCUGCAAAUAAAACAUUUCAAGCUGAAAAUGCUUAUCGAUGUUCGUAUCAACAAGUCCUAGAUUAUUGGCAUGUUGAUUUCAAUCAUGGAUUGACCCCACAACAAGUGGAAGAAAAUUCAAAGAUAUAUGGUGCUAACAAUCUUGGUGAAGAAACCUCGAUUAGCUACACCAAGAUUUUGGCCCAUCAGGUGUUCAACGCGAUGAUUUUGGUAUUAUUAAUCUCCCUAAUCAUUGCCUUGGCCAUCAAAGAUUGGAUCUCGGGUGGUGUUAUCGGUGCUGUUGUAUUGGUCAAUAUCGUUGUUGGAUUCAUUCAGGAGAUUAAGGCUGAAAAGACCAUGGGGUCUUUGAAGUCUUUGUCUUCGCCUUCUGCCCGGGUGUUGAGAGGUGGUGAAGAAUUGAAUAUCAAUACGAGCGAGUUGGUUCCUGGUGAUAUUGUUCAUGUUAGAGUUGGUGACACGAUUCCUGCUGAUUUGAGGUUGAUUGAAACAGUCAAUUUGGAGUCGGAUGAGGCUCUUUUGACGGGCGAAUCUUUGCCAGUAGCCAAGGACGCGGAAGAAGUAUUGGACGAGGAAUGUCCGGUUGGUGACAGGUGUAAUAUGGCCUAUUCUUCUGCUGUUGCGGCAAAGGGAAGAGGUGUUGGUAUUGCUGUCGCAACUGGUUUGAACACGGAAAUUGGAAAGAUUGCAUCCUCUUUGAAAGAUUCCGACAGUAAAUUGAUUGUGUUCAUAAAACCGGGUUCAGGCGUCAAAGGGAUAUUUAGUGCUAUAGGGCAAUCUGCUUACAAUGUCGUGAUGUAUGUUUUGGGGGUUACUGUUGGUACACCUCUUCAAAGACGCUUGUCAUGGUUGGCUAUCAUUUUGUUCUGGAUCGCAGUGCUCUUUGCAAUCGUUGUAAUGGCAUCUCAAAGCUUCAGAGUGAACGUUUCUGUGGCUAUUUAUGCUGUUUGUGUGGCCUUGUCCAUGAUUCCAUCGUCAUUGGUAGUGGUUUUAACCAUCACUAUGGCUAUUAGUGCUCAAGUUAUGGUCACUAAACACGUCAUUGUUCGUAAAUUGGAUUCCCUAGAAGCGUUGGGAGGAAUCAAUGACAUUUGUUCUGAUAAAACUGGUACUUUAACUUUGGGUAAGAUGAUUGCAAGAAAGGUAUGGAUUCCAACUGUUGGGACUUACUUUGUGCAAAACUCGAGCAAUGUUUUAGAUUCUAGGGAUGGUGAUAUUAAUUUCAGCAAGUGUAGUCCUCAGUAUACCAACGAAACUGACCAACUAAUUGAGUUUAAUGCAAUCUCUUCAAUAUCCUUUUCUGAAAACGCAGAAAAAUGGUUUUACACAGCGUCAUUGGCUAAUAUUGCUAGUGUUAACCAGGUUAAUAAAGAUGAAGGUCCUGUUUGGGAAGCUCAUGGGGAUGCGACUGAAAUUGCUAUAAAUGUAUUCACUCAGAGAUUUGGCUUCUUGAGAGAUCAAAUUAUUCUGAAGGAUCUGUUAGAACAUAUCUGUGAAUUCCCAUUUGAUUCGUCAAUCAAGAGAAUGUCAGUUAUCUACACAGAAAGUGUUACUCAGAAGUCUAGAGUAUAUACAAAGGGUGCAGUAGAACGUGUAUUAGACAUUUGCAGUUUCUGGUAUGGGGAAAAUACCGACAAUCAGACUCUUAUACCAUUGACCAACGAAGACAAACAAUUCAUCGAACAAAACAUGAAUGCUCUUUCGAGUGAUGGUUUGAGAGUUUUAGCAUUUGCAACCAGAGAAAUUUGCUUGACUAAAGAGAAUAGCGAACGCCGUGAAGAAGUAGAACAGAACCUAAUUUUCCAAGGCUUAAUUGGGAUUUAUGAUCCUCCUAGACCCGAAACAGCACCCUCAGUUAAGUUAUGCCACCAAGCUGGAAUUAACGUACGUAUGUUAACUGGUGAUCAUCCGGGAACUGCAAAAGCCAUUGCACAGGAAGUAGGUAUUAUUCCUCGUAACUUGGACCACUAUUCUGAAGAUGUUGUUAAGGUGAUGGUAAUGACAGCGAUGGAAUUUGAUGCUCUUUCAAAUGACCAAGUUGAUUCUUUGCCUUUGUUGCCAUUAGUCAUUGCAAGAUGUGCCCCACAAACCAAAGUCAGAAUGAUUGAGGCUUUACAUCGUAGAGACAAGUUCUGUGCUAUGACUGGAGACGGUGUCAACGAUUCUCCUUCAUUAAAGAAAGCAGAUGUGGGUAUUGCCAUGGGUAUGAAUGGAUCUGAUGUUGCCAAAGACGCUUCCGAUAUCAUCUUGGCCGACGACAACUUUGCUUCGAUUUUGCAUGCCAUUGAAGAAGGAAGGCGAAUGUCUUCUAAUAUCCAGAAAUUUGUAUUGCAAUUGCUUGCAGAGAACGUGGCACAAGCAUUGUAUUUGAUGAUUGGAUUGGCAUUUAUUGAUACUGAUUCUUAUUCGGUGUUUCCAAUGUCACCUGUUCAAUGUCUCUGGGUUAUUGUGGCCACAUCGUGUUUCCCGGCCAUGGGGUUGGGUCAAGAAAAGGCUGCGGAAGACAUCUUGCAGGCUCCGCCAAAUCAUAAUAUUUUCACAUUAGAAAUUGUCAUUGAUAUGUUUGUGUACGGGUUUUGGAUGUCAGCCUGCUGUAUGGCAGUUUUCGCCAUUGUGGUAUUCAAGAUCGGUGAUGGUGAUUUGGGACAUAACUGUAACACUGGCAGUGGAACUGGCUGCGAAUUGGUUUUUAGAGGAAGAUCCGCAGCGUUUGCUGCCUUCACUUGGUGUGCUUUGAUUUUGGCUUGGGAAUGCAUUCAUACUCGCUUUUCGCUUUUUAACAUGAGGCCUUAUUCAGAACUCCCUUGGUAUAAGGUUUUGGCCACAGACUUAUGGGAUAAUACGUUUUUGUUUGUCUCUGUGCUAGGAGCAGCUGCAUCCGUAUUCCCAGUGGUUUAUAUACCUGUGAUUAACAACAAGGUGUUUUUACAAGGACCUAUUGGCUACGAAUGGGGCCUUUCUGUCGCAUUCACUCUAGUGUUCAUAUUGACUGUUGAAUGUUGGAAGUGGAUCAAGAGAAUGUAUUUGCGGAAGGGUAUUGCACGCAACCCCGAGGACGACAUGGAGGAAAACCAUCCUUUCCACAAAUAUUCCAGUUUCUCUAAAUCCAGUGAUUUUGUUUAGCAUCAUACUUGCUUUCAGGUAUAAUUGUGUACUUUUUUUUCACCGAACUACGGUUUUUUUGUAUUAUCAAUUGUAUGUCCUAGUUAUAUAGAGUCUGUGUUUUUCGCAUUUUCGAAUUUCGUUAUUCAAUGAUAGAAGUCUCAGUGAA